ACACUUAGAGAAGACUUCUCCGAGGAAACAUGAAGUCCCUGAGGUGGAUGAAUUCCUGGCUGCAGCGGCCCGGCUGUCAGAGAGCAGCUACAGUCUGUUGCAGGCUCACAUGUCCGCCUCCCCUCCGGAGACAACCUUCCUCCCUGCUGCUGUCCACACCGCCCACCUUCUCAGCGUGCAGGCUGAAGGACACCUUCAGCGGCUCGUAUAUACAGCAGGAGGAGGACAUCCUGGAGGACAGCGAGGUGGAGGAGCUGUUCGAGCAGCAGGUUCCAGCAGGGCCAGGAGGACAGCUCAGGGUGUUGAUAGUCCACCCUGAUGUGAAGUGGGGGGCCAGGAAGCAGCACCUGACCACCGCAGAACUGAUGAUGGCUGAAGCCGAGGGCCUCGUGAACACUUUGGACAACUGGACAGUCGUGGACAAGUUCAUCCUCUCCACCAAGACACCAGAGAAGAAGCGGAUAUUUGGCAAAGGCAACUUCCAGCUUCUCACAGAGAGAAUCAGGCAAACAGCAGGAAUCAAUGCUGUGUUUGUGAAUGUGGACCGUCUGUCCCCUUCGUCUGAGAGGGAGUUUGAGGAAGCCUGGGGGGUAAAGGUGCUGGACAGAUACUCAGUUGUCCUCCACAUUUUCCGCUGCAACGCCAGAACCAAAGAGGCCAAGUUACAGAUCUCACUGGCAGAGGUCCCCUUGUUAAGAUCUCGCCUAAAAAAUGAAAUGGCAAACUUGGAUCAGCAGGGUGGAGGAUCGAGAUACAUCGGUGGUUCAGGCGAGACGCUGUACGAGGUCCAGCAGAGGCUGUUGAAGGAGCGGGAGCUGAAGAUCCGCUCGGCGCUGGAAAAACUUCGCAAAAGGAGGCACCUCCUGCAAUCUCAUCGCAAACACAAGGAGUUCCCCAUUGUGUCUGUGCUGGGAUACACAAACUGUGGAAAAACAACUCUGAUCAAAGCUCUGACUGGGGACAGCAGUCUGCAGCCCAGGAACCAGCUGUUUGCAACUCUGGACGUGACGGUCCACGCGGGUCAGCUGCCCAAUCACAUGACGGUGCUGUACGUGGACACCAUUGGCUUCUUGUCCCAGCUCCCUCACAUGCUUGUUGACUCCUUCUCUGCCACCUUGGAAGACAUAAAACACUCAGAUCUUUUGGUCCAUGUCAGAGACAUCAGUCAUCCAGAGACAGUGAACCAGAAGGAGAACGUGCUGAAUGUUUUAAGGAACUUGCAAAUCUCAGACCGGCUGAUGAACUCCAUGAUCGAGGUCCAUAAUAAAAUUGACCUGGUUGACAAUUAUCAGUCUGCAGAGCCCGAUGCGUUGCUCGUAUCAGCAGUGGAGGAGCGCAACCUGAACGUGCUGAAGAAAACCUUGGAAGAAAAGAUUAUGAAGUCCACGGGGAAACAAAUUUUACACCUGAAGGUCGACCUCAGCUCUCCUCAGUUAAGCUGGCUGUACAAACAGGCUACGGUUCAGGACGUGCACGUUAAUGCUGAUGAAGGCACAGCUGUUGUCAAGGUCAUCAUCAGCGCCGCAGCUCAUGGACGCUACAAGAAAGAGUUUGAAGGCAGAUGAGAGCUUCACACAGAACAAUGGCCGAAAAAAUAAAUCUGAUCCACAAAGCGUUUAAGAAAAUACUGUAUUCA